GGGCAAAGAUCGUACUGAGCGAACGCGCGAUUUGUCGCGCGCGCCAUGUUCUCGUUUCGCGCGCCUCUGCCAUUAUAAAUAUCAUCGUCGCGAAAGCGGUGUAUCUUUUAUUCAACUACGGAAUAAACGAUCGUGAGUGGAUCCAUUGCGGCGAUCCCGGGUCGCGAAGCGUCGCGAUCGUCGUCGGCAGGCUCGUGCGUUUCGUUCGUUCCGCUUAUUGGGCCGUUGCGCGCCAUCCGAAUCACGUGAAGACCGAGAAAGGUUAUUGAUAUAAGCCUCGCGAGCGGCGAUGUGACCCGUCGCCGUGCCACGGGGUCACAUCGCUCUAUCGCAGUCGUACUCUAUCGCAGAACCGAAUUUAGCUCCGGCUAACCUGGCCGACGAACGCUCCUGGCGGAGCUAUGGUGGACGCUGUGCCAAGGACGCAAGAGCCGAUGCAGAACAUGGCCGAGCGCUGUAGGAUCUGCUUGGUCAAUCACGGCUGCAUGACGAGCAUGCACGACGAGCAUGUGGAGAGCAAGUUGAAAGAUCUGACGAAAUGCACGUGUAUCGACAUCAAGCACGAGGAGAACUUGCCCAGCGUCGUGUGCCACGUCUGCUUAUAUAAGCUGGACAUGUGGAGCGAAUUCAAGGAACGGUUUAUACAAUUCAAUAAGAUCCUUUUGGAGCAACUGGAGAUUGUAGAGACAUCUGAUAAUACUACCAAGGAACUUUCGAAAGAUGAGACACAUUUGCCAGAAAACACGAAAAGGAAACGUACGAGUGACAGUAGGAGUAAUGUCUCUGAUAAUGAAAAGAAGAAAUCCAAGGUAAAUAUACCUUCCUCAGAUAUGAUAAAUAUCGACAAAUGUGAAACGGACUAUGUUAUAUUGGAUACCAUAAGCAUAUCAGAUGACGAGGAAAACUCAAUGUUGUCCAAAGAUCCCUCACACGUGCUCAAUGUUCCUAAUAAAGACAAACUGAAGAAUGCUGAAAACGGCAGUGCUAAUCACACGGACGGUAAACUGUCCUCGAGUCCAAUGAGAGCCAGAUUGCUGCCAGUGAGACGUGGCAGGAACAUCGAGCGAAGAAAGGCAUCUACGAAACGUUGGGUAGAAAGGAAGAAGGCGCUGCUGGCUGCGACGGGGGAAAAGGUGUCGGACACUGAUUCCAUAGCGUCCGAUGAUGCCCAGUUGUCGCCCGUGCAGAAGGCCCGAGCGAAGACGAACGCGGAGAAGGAAGCGGAGAGGCAAAAGAGGAUCGCCAAGGUGCUGAAAAAUCUCGAGACGAAUCUUACGGAGAAAUACACGGUGAUUCCAGAGUUAGAUACGGAUUCCGACGCGCGCAAAACGAGAUUGCACAAGGACUCGAGCGCUCUGCGACAGAGUAACAAGAACUCGUUGAAACAGAACGAGGAGAAGAACGGCGUUGAGAGAGACAGAUCGAGCACCCUCGAGAGCUCGAUGGAGAAGGAGAACUCACCAGUUACAUUAAGGGGAAAGAACAUUUCGAAGGAGGCGAAGAAAUCGAAGACCGUCGACGAAGCGUUCGUGCCGCAGUCGCUGAAAUCGGAGCUGGUGAUCGGCGACACCACGUACAUCGUAACGUCAACGUUGAUACUCGCGGAUUCACCGUAUUUUAGUAAAGAGAUGCUGAACAAUCUCACGAAGGAUCCCAAGAGCUUCAAUCCUGAUGAUAGCAGUCAGGAGAAGAAUACCGACAUCAUCGACGCGGUACAGUUGCGACGGAUACAUCCUGUCGUGUCCAACGUGAAAAACAAGAAAUUCAUCGAGAGAUGCUUGAACAUCGAUGUGGAGGGCAAUGAAUUGGCGGUGCUGAAACGCGUGCAAGUCGAAUUGGCCGACUUUGUCGAGAAAGAAAUGAAGCAGAAGCUGUUCGGUACGAAUGACGGCACUGGGAAAGGCGACGGUAGAAUCGACAGCGCAGACUCUUUCCAGAAACUCGAUCAGAAGUUGAAGAGCAUAAUAGAGAGAGCGAUAAAGAAGAACAUUGAGGCCACUAUGUUGAGAGAUGCGGCUGACGCAGCAUGCAGUCAGACAUCUACGAAGUUGUCACCGACAACCGUGAAGUCUGCUGCAACCUCACCCGUGUACCAGCCGAAGGUCGUAGUGAAACGCUUGGACAUCGCGAAGGAGGGCAAGCAAUACAAGAUCAAUAAUGCACACGCGUUGAAGAAAGCCACGCCGAAGAGUAAACUCGCGGGACCGUUCAGUGCUAUCUAUCGUAAACGCCAAAGCGUACUUCCGAUUCGUUACAACGACUACAACACAUCCGCCUUGGAUUCUAAUUCUGAUUCGGAGGACUUGAUCAUCCGAAACGUACCAAAAGCUACGAAUCCGAGGACGUACGCGGCGGCGAAACAAGCGGACAACAGUCAGAACAGCGCCGUGAAGAGGACAGAAGCUGCUAGUGUGAGCGUUAAAGUCGCGGAUAAAACUGUUACGCCGGUGCUCCUUUCCUUCGUGCAGGAUUCAGUAAAAGAACAGAAAUCAGAACACGAAGAUACCAACAAGAUAGAGGGUGCCAUAGCCGAGAAUCACAUUUGCGGUGUGUGUGGACUGACAUUUAACAGUCGCAAGAACGUGGAGGCGCACGUUCGCACGCACAAAGCGAUCGUGCUACAGAGCGAGAAUGCUACGACGCCACGGCAGAACAAGCAGAAAAUGAUGCGCUGCAAAAGAUGCCACGAGAUAGUUGAGGCACGUUACGUGAAGGCGCACGUAUGCAAGACGGCGAUGGAGUUCCACAAGUGUUUCGUGUGCAACUCUACGUUCCGUACUGAGAAGCUUCUCGCGCGUCACUUGAACAGCCACGAUCAGUCGGAAUUUAAUCUUACGAAUGCGAUCGGCAACAAGAGGCAGUCGUCCGACGCCGACAGUCCGCAGAAGCUGGUCACAUCCGCGAUGCCGCAGACAGAUGAGGAUCAAAGAACUGAAACUGCGGCGAAAUCGCAGAAUGCCUUCGCCGGGAAGAACGACCAGGUUCAGUCGAGCAAAUUCGGCGGGAACGCGAAGCUCGAUGGCAACGCUGUGCAGAAGCCCAAAGAAACGUACACUUGUUUCGUGUGCGACAAGAUCUUCACAGACGAGGAGGUGCUGAAAGAUCACUUGCAGAAGCAUUGCGACGACCUGAGCGAAGAUGAGCAGAGCACCAACAAGGAGCAGUACCAAUGUGCCAUUUGCGGUGAUACGUUGGAGUCGGAUCAAGCGUUGGAGGAGCACGUCGGCAAGCACUUGUUCGAUGACGAGGAUGAUAAUCCUAAUCUGAUCAGCGUAAAUCAGGAUAACGAUAAGACAGCCAAGGAAGUCGAAACUUAUCAUUGCGGGCAAUGCUCUGAGAUGUUUGAUUCGGAAAUGUUGCUGGAGAUACACAUGCAGGCACACGAAGAGGAUGUUGCAAUAGCGGAAUGGGAGAAGCAAACGAUGAAGAUCUAUCAAUAUCAGUGUAUGCUGUGUGAGGAACUUUUUGACACAGAGGCGGAACUAGCGGAGCACUUGGACGUGCACAACGGAAAUGCACAAGUUUGCCAGUUAUGCGACAAACCGUUCCGUACAUUGGAGGAUCUGCAGCAACACGUGGCAACUCAUUGAUGUACAGUAUAUUAUGGAUGUUUUGUUUUUCACGUGCAUUUGUACAAUAGAAAUGCACAAUUUAUCAAUUAUGACAAAACCGUUUCGUACAUCGGAGGAUCUGCAGCAACAUGUGGCAAAUUCAUUGAUGUACAGUACUUUAUCAAUGUUUUAUUUUUCAUGUAACAAUUAUAUGUGUAUCCUUAAUAACUAUAAAUAAAACUUUAAAGAUUGUCUUUCGGACAGUGAUCGGGAAAAGUAAAACAUUUUCAUAUAACGAUAAAAAUAACAGAUAGCUUCUUUUUUUUCGAAUUUAACAUUUUACAGUUUAUAUAUGCUUCUAUAACUGUCAUAAGUAUAUUCUGCACGUAAAGUCGUCUUUGUUAUGCAGAGAAAAGAGUUUUAGCACAUUUCAUUUCAACAAAGAAUUUGGCAGUUUAAGAGUUACUAUUAUACCUCUAUACACAUAUAAUACCUAUAUAAAAAUAUAAUAUAAUUUGUAAAAUGAGUAAAGUGAUAUUUAUAAAUUACAUCUUAAAUCGUUUAGUUAUUAAGAGAUAAUGUUUGUUAAUUUGAAAAGAAAGUUAUGUUUACUUUAUUGCAGUAAGUGAAAUAUCUUGUAUGUUAAAAAGUGCUUUUAGCAAUAUGGAUUGAAAACUUUAUAUUGCAUUCAUUGCAUAAUUUCUAGUGUAUUCUAGAACAUGUAUGUUUUUCGCAAUGUAUAAAUAUACAGAAUGUCAAGAAAUAAGAAUAACAAAAGAAAAAUA